GGCUUCCGGCUCGUGAAGUGGCACGGCUUCCGCACGUGUGUCAAUCCUCCGGGUUCCAGGGUUAUCCCUACCUCUGGUAAACUUGUCGGGUCGGGACUCCCUUCAGACCUAAGGAUGAAGGCGAGAAGAAAUAAAAAACAGGUCCCAAGCUUUCGCAAGUUGCUAAAAACUAGUAAAGUCAAACUUGAAAACAAGCUAAAAAAUAAGCAAUUUAAACAACAAAGCACUAUCAAGAAGUACCGAAAAGAACAGAGGAAACUAAGGCAAGCUGUAAAAGAUGCUGUGUCUAAGAAACCCAUUCCGUUGGAGGACCCAAAGAAACGGCGACCAGGUAAAAGGAUUGAGAGGGAAAAUGAGGAAGAAGAGGAAGCCCUUCCUUUGGAUAUGAUGGAUGAAGAUGACUUACAGUUAAUGAAGGAUUUAGGACAGAGAGCAUCUUUUCUAACAAGAGAUCUUUCUUCUAGUGAGCCUGUUCACGCCAAGAAACGAAAGCAUGAACACAUCAUAGAUAAAUAUGAAAAAAUACCAAGAACUCUGCAGACGACUCCAGAGAAGGAACUGAUUCAUUUGCUUCCUAUCAAAGAUAAAAGUGGUAUAAUUCCACAGACCAGGGAGAAGCCAGUUAUUGACAGUAACAAAGAUGAUGAAGAUCAAGAAGAAGAGAUGGAACUUGAGGAAGAGAACACUCAAGAUCCCAUUCGAGAGCUGACCAUAGAAGAACAUUUGAUUGAGAGAAAGAGGAAACUACAGGAGAAGAAAAUGCAUAUUGCAGCUUUGGCGUCUGCCAUAUUAUCAGAUCCAGAAAGUAAUAUGAAAAAAUUGAAAGAAUUACGUUCCAUGUUGAUGGAACAGGAUCCUGAUGUGGCUGUUACUGUUCGAAAGCUGGUGAUUGUUUCUCUGAUGGAGUUAUUUAAAGACAUUACUCCUUCAUAUAAAAUCCGGCCCCUAACAGAAGCAGAAAAGUCUACCAAGAUUCGCAAAGAAACCCAAAAGUUAAGAGAAUUUGAAGAAGGCCUGGUUAGCCAAUAUAAAUUUUAUUUGGAAAAUCUGGAGCAAAUGGUCAAAGACUGGAAGCAAAGAAAGCUGAAGAAAAGUAAUGUAGUUUCCUUAAAGGCAUACAAAGGACUGGCAGAAGUGGCUGUGAAGAGCCUGUGUGAACUGUUGGUGGCACUACCUCAUUUUAACUUCCACAACAACAUCAUUGUAUUGAUUGUCCCUCUCAUGAAUGACAUGUCAAAAUCGAUGAUAGAAGUUUGCAUAAAAUGUGAUAAAAGAUGCUUCAAACAGUAUAAAUAUGAAGCUGUGUAUUUGUAUUUUUUUCAAUAUUAGAUGUUAAAAACAUUUUUGUGCCUAAGAAUCAAGGAAGUAGAAGUAAAAAAAGAUACAGAGGAUAUUAAUAAACCAAAAAAGUUUAUGACUUUCAAGGAAAAGAGGAAAACUCUAUCAAGGAUGCAGAGAAAGUGGAAGAAAGCAGAAGAGAAACUAGAGCGAGAACUUCGGGAGGCAGAAGCUUCAGAGAGUACUGAGAAAAAACUUAAACUGCACACAGAGACUCUGAAUAUUGUGUUUGUAACCUACUUCCGAAUAUUGAAGAAGGCCCAGAGGUCACCUCUCCUGCCAGCAGUUCUAGAAGGUCUUGCCAAGUUUGCUCACCUUAUAAAUGUGGAAUUUUUUGAUGAUUUAUUAGUAGUCCUUCAUACUCUCAUUGAAUCUGGUGACCUAAGCUAUCAAGAAAGUCUUCACUGUGUCCAGACUGCUUUUCAUAUUCUUUCUGGUCAAGGUGAUGUUCUGAAUAUUGAUCCAAUGAAAUUCUAUACACAUCUCUACAAAACAAUGUUGAAGUUACAUGCAGGUGCUACCAAUGAAGGUGUUGAGAUUGCACUCCAGUGCCUUGAUGUCAUGCUCACUAAGCGCAGAAAGCAGGUUUCUCAGCAGCGAGCCCUUGCCUUUGUCAAGCGCCUUUGUACCCUUGCUCUUCAUGUUCUUCCAAAUUCAAGCAUUGGCAUUUUAGCAACUACCAGAAUAUUAAUGCAUACUUUCCCCAAAACAGAUCUACUGCUUGAUAAUGAAUCUCAGGGAAGUGGGAUUUUCCUUCCUGAGCUGGAUGAACCUGAGUACUGUAAUGCACAGAACACUGCUCUGUGGGAAUUGCAUGCACUGAGGAGACAUUACCACCCCGUAGUGCAGAGAUUUGCAGCUCACCUGAUUGCUGGAGCACCUUCUGAAGGCUCUGAAGCACUCAAGCCAGAAUUGAGCCGCAGAUCUGCUGCUGAACUAUUUGAGGCUUACAGCAUGGCAGCAAUGACAUUCAAUCCCCCUGUUGAAACAUCAAACUUCAAAAAGAAGGAUAAAGUUUUACAAGGGGAUUCAUUUUUGAAUGAAGAUUUAAAUCAACUAAUCAAAAAACAUUGCAAUGAAGUUGCUACUCAGUCACCCCUGGAUUUCACCAAAUAUUUGGAAACAUCUCCACGGUAGUAGAAGAAUAAAAAGUCAGUGGACUUUCUUGUACAUUUGUGGGUGUGCAGAUACACAUAAAGAUGUGUUAACUUAGGACCUUCUCUUUUUAUAUAAGGAAAACUUUAUAAGAACGAUUUGUAAGAGGAGGAAGUUAUUACCCUUUGCAUGGCACAGGGUUCUGCCCCAAUUCUGAAAAUGUAAUUUCAUUAAGAAAGAAUUGCAAGCCUCUCCCCUCCCCCCAAUAUUUGUAAAUUUCUUUCUUAAUGAUGCUGCCUUUUUAAAACAAUGUACAUAUAGUUUUUUAAAAAAGUCUGUGGACUGGAUCUUACUGAAAUGCAGUUGCUAUAUUAAAAGUACAGCAUAGACCACAGAAAAAUCAAGACUGUAAGAAUGUUUUUUACCAUUUAGCUACUCUUCUUAACUAAAUACUCUUUAAGUAUUAUUUUUAUUGUAAUACCAUAAGUGGAAGUGAGAAACAUUCUAAAUUUGAGUGAAUAUAUUUUUACAAAGAUUUUUGAGAAAAUUAAAAGUUGUUUGAAACUGGACCCAGGUUCAUUGGUUCUUGCUGAAUGAUAAACCUCAGAAAUAACCUAAUUUGACCCUUUUUUAAAAAGGAUGAGUGUUAUGAUUACUUUCAAACAAAGUUUGAAUGGGUUUUUGUUUCUUUGAAAUUCUUUGCAUUUUCUGACAUGUCCUGAAGGGUGAUGGCAGAAGAAUUACUCCAGGGUGGAAAAGCCAAGUCCUAGACUUUACCAUUAUGUUUUAGGGAUAGAGGGUAUGUAGAAAGGGGCUUUCCCCCCCCCUUCAUGCUGGUAAAAUGCCUGUUUUGAAUAUAAUUAUAAAGCAAUAUUUUAUGUAACAGAUAUUCCCAUAUUCUUGGAAUGGCCUAUGAAAUGCAUGUUUCAGUGGCCAGAUUAUAAAUAAAAAGUUUCUGAGGUCAAAGUUU